AUGGACACAGCAUGCCAGGAGCAGCAGGGUAUGGCAGUUUCCCUUGGCACUGAGAACAUACCGAGGAGGAAUCUCACUGCUCAGGAGCGGUGGGAGCCCAGGAAGCUCUCCAAGGGCGUUCACUGCUGCCCCGGGCUCCAAUCAGACCCAGGAGGCUUGGCUGGCUGGCUUAUAAAUGCAAAGCAGGGAGUGUGGCAAAGUGAAAGUGCCUGUGGGCUUCUCCCUGGUGGACUUGUGGGGCGGGAGAUGAGCUCCCGGGCCCCCCUUCCAGGAAGGCAGGAGGGACAGGGCAGCACAGAGCCCCCCAGAGGCAAGAGCCACCCCUGGGCCCCGCAGCAGCAGCCAGCGGGGAGGAGCCUUCCCCAGGGCUCGCUGCCCCACUCCUCCAAGCCGCUCACGUCCUUCCUCAUCCAAGACAUUCUGCGGGACGGUGCGGACCGCGGAGCUGCGGGGAAAGGGAGGAAGAGCCGGGGAUGCUGCGGUGCCUCUAGCCCGGAGCCUGCGCUGGACAGUGCAAGCUCCGCUCCCCGGCAGCCAGCUGGGAAACCCCUCCCUGAAGGGGUCCCCCCGCCCCCCCCGGAGCAACCAGGAGAGCCAGACGCAGAGGCAUAUACGGAGACCAACCUGUCAGACUGUGAAAACCCUCUGAGAUCCUCACCGAGCAACCAAAGGACCCCAAAGCAGCAAAAGCGCUCACGGGCAGCCUUCUCCCACACUCAGGUCAUCGAGUUAGAGAGGAAGUUCAGUCAUCAGAAGUAUCUGUCCGCCCCGGAGCGAGCCCACCUGGCAAAGAACCUGAAGCUCACUGAAACCCAGGUGAAAAUCUGGUUCCAGAACAGAAGGUACAAAACCAAAAGGAAGCAACUAGCCUCAGAACUCAGUGGACUCGAUAAGAACUCAGUUUUCCCAGUCCUCAAAGAGGAUGAUGUCUCCAAGGCCUCUCUGAUUUCUGUGUAUAACAGCUACCAGUACUAUCCAUACCUGUACUACUUGAAUGGCUGGAGUCCCUCUUUGUGGUAA